GGGUUCGCUGUGCGUGCGCUCAAGCGACGCAAGGUAGCUGCUGCGCCGGCCACGUACGAGCUGCUUAAUGCGAUUCCUCCUACCUCAAACAUGGUUGAGAGGCUCUUCAGCAUUGCGCGCGCUGUGCUGCGCCAUGAGCGCCACCGCCUCUCCCCCACGAUGCUAGAGAUGAUCUUGUUCCUCAAGAUCAACAGCUCGUACUGGGAUGUUGCGACCGUGGAGCAGUGCCUGUAA